CGGUUAAAUUCAGUCACUGCUAUCGUGCUAGCCCGACGAGGAGCUAGGGUUUAUCCAGGGUUCCGUCUUCUCUCCAUUUCUCUCUCUCCCGCUUGUUCUUCUGUGUGCCCUAGCAAUGGCGAAACCGGGGCGAGGCCAUCGCUCUCCGCCCUCGGGCUCCGGCUCCUCCUCCCGCUCCCGUUCCUCUUCCCCUUCAGAUUCUCGCUCUUCCUCCCGCUCUCGCUCCCUCUCUCGAUCCCGUUCUCCUUCUCGCUCCAGAUCCUUCUCUUCCUCCUCCUCCUCCCCGUCUCGCUCCUCCCGAAGCCGAAGCCGAAGCCCUCCCCCUCAGCGCCGAAGAAGCUCCCCUGAAGCAGCCAGGCGAGGUCGAUCUCCUCCUCCUCAGUCUAGAAGAGCUUCUCCUCCUCCAAGGAAACCUUCUCCUGUACGUGAAUCACUUGUUCUUCAUGUAGAAAAGCUCAGCAGGAAUGUCAAUGAAGGCCAUUUGAAAGAAAUUUUCAGUAACUUUGGUGAGGUUGUAAGUGUGGAGUUGGCAAUGGACCGAACUGUUAAUCUUCCAAAAGGAUAUGGAUAUGUGCAGUUUAAGACAAGAGCAGAUGCUGAACAAGCUUUAUUGCACAUGGAUGGUGCCCAAAUAGAUGGCAAUGUUGUUAAGGCAAGAUUUACACUACCUCCUAGACAGAAAGUUUCUUCACCACCAAAAGCUGCUGCUGUUGCUCUGAAGAGAGAUGGCCCUAGGACUGAUAAUGCUAGUGCAGAUGUUGAAAAGGACGGGACAAAGCGGCCAAGAGAAUCUCCUCGGAGAAAACCUCCUCCCUCGCCACGAAGAAGAUCUCCUGUGCCUCGAAGAGUUGGAUCUCCAAGACGACCAGAUUCUCCAAUUCGCCGUCGUGCAGAUUCUCCAAUUCGCCGUCGAUUAGACUCUCCUCAUCGUCGUGGAGACACACCUCCUAGGAGGAGGCCUAUAUCCCCUGGGAGAGGCCGUUCUCCAUCUCCACCAAGGCGUCUUAGAUCCCCUGCAAGGGUCUCGCCAAGAAGGUUGCGGGGAAGUCCAGGUCGUAGACGUUCCCCUCCUCCUCUAAGGCGCCGUUCACCGCCUAGACGAGCUCGUAGUCCUCCUAGAAGGUCUCCAAUAAGUCGUAGGCGCAGUCGCUCUCCAAUACGUAGACGCUCACGCUCAAGAUCAUUCUCACCUCGAAGAGGUCGACCACCUGUAAGACGUGGGAGGUCUUCAUCCUACUCUGACUCGCCAAGUCCACGCAAGGUAUCCCGGAGAUCGAAGAGUCGCAGUCGCAGCCCAAGAAGGCCUUUGAGAGGAAGAGGCAGUAGCAACAGCAGCAGCAGCAGUUCACCACCCCCACCUCGCAAACCCUAGAUAUAAUUCGUGUACAUCUGUUGUCUGUUUUUGUUCAUGUAUUUGUCAAGACUUAAUAUUAUGGAAGUUACUCUACCGGCAAUGUCUUUGGGGAUAUGUUUCUAUGACUGUCUACUCUCCAACAGAUGCUUUCUUAUUAGCACUUGAAAAUGUUUUUGGAGAUUUGCUGUUGAAUUAGUUUUCAUUCGGGAACCCUUAGCUGUCAUUUUGAUCCAAAAUGAUGAGUUUCGGAGAUGGGGAUUUCUUGUAUCGAAUGAGUGAAAAUCUAAACUUAAUUGAAUCCUAUUAGAAUUUCAGUGGAAUGCUAUGUCACUGAUAUUUCAGAAA